UCUUCCUUAAUUGAAUAAAGAAUUGAUCUUUGUAAGUGGAUUAAGACUUCCAGCUAGUUUAGACGCGUUCAGUGCAGCACAGGCAUGGGUGACGGUGUGGCAAAGAACGGUGCGUACAAAUAUGACGACGGUACGAAAUAUAUCGGCGAUUGGAAUCGCAGAGGAUUGAAACACGGCGCUGGUCUAUUAGUUCUUCCGAAUGGAACGCGGUACGAUGGGGCGUUUCAAAAUGGAUUAUGCUCCGGCUUGGGAGUUAUUGUAUUUCCCGAUGGAGCGAAGUACGAGGGAGAAUUUAUGCAAGGAUGGUUUCACGGCCAUGGUGUGUUCUGGCGAGCCGACGGAAUGAAAUUUGAAGGGGAAUUUCGUGGAGGUCGUGUCUGGGGCUUAGGUUUAGUGACCUAUGCUGAUGGAUCACAUGGAUUUCCAAGGAAUGAAGGUUUCUUUCAAGAUUGCAGAUUAGUAAGGCGACGACGUUGUCCUGACAUAGUGCAGAAGGCGCAAAAGAUUUCUAUGAUGGCACGUGCUCAGUGCAGUUGAGCGGAAAUAAAAUAAAUUUAGUACAGCUAAUAAAAGGGAA